AUGAGCUUCGCCAUCAUGCCACGAGUCUUUUUCGUCUUGUGCUUGGCGGUUCUAUCUGUUGCCGGCCAGUGGAGCGGAAAUUACAACACGACGCGCGUGCCGCGCAAACUGGACCCUCCGGGCAAAUGCUGGAUCCAGAGUCUCGACAAGGCCAACGGGCCCUACACGGCCAUCUACCCGUGCACCUGUACUGGCGGCAAGGUCUCGGGCGACUGCAGUUGGUUGCAGCAGGAAAGGGUGUUCAACCGUGUCGAGGAUGCAAGCUGCAAGUGUGCCAAGACGCGAAACAUAGACCUAGAGCCUGAGAGCCUGAAGGCGUAUGGCCGGGGCCAGCCUGGGGCGGUGACGCUGUGCAUCUGUGAUCCCGUGGCCGGCAACGGAGACGACGGCACCGAUGAGUUGCUUGACCAGGACAGCAGCAGUCAGCUCCCGGAUCUACCCAGCAGUGCCGAGACGAUUUGA